AUGCUCCCUAUAAAAACAAAGUCAUUCUUGUGUCUCUCACUUGACAUCAUCAACUCUGGGCUCCUUGGAUGCAGCAUGCCGAGACUACAAAUCUCACUGCUAUGUCUCCUCUACUCGUGCAGUUUUGCAUAUUGCUCAUCACAAGUUGAGCUCUGCAAUGCAAUGAGGAACAUCAGUGACCAGAUAAACUACCAGAUAAACAGCAAUCUACUGACUGUGGGUAGCCUUGUGUGCUCGCCAUCGCUGGACUGCGUGCAGGUCGACUGCGACGCAUCAGAUGGGACGCUAUCCAUCAUUCUCAGUUGCUCUCCAGUCGGAGUGAUCCUAAGGUCCGUCAACACGUCCACCUCGCCGCCUGAAACCGAAUCUGGAGUCUUCUCCGAGUCUGGCACCUUCCAGGACUACUAUCAGAUGCCUCACCUUCAACUGCUUCCCCCAGCCCAAACCUCAACAAACGAUCCUUCUGCGGCCUCAUCUUCAACUGCCUCGACUGGCACAACUGGCACAAAUGAACCAACUGAUGUUCCAACACAUGGAGAUGUAUCAAAGCCAUCUGCUAGUCCUGAGCCUUCCACCAAUGCUCCAACAGUACCUCACGUCACUGGAACCACUUGCGACGCUAUGGAAAGUCUAGCUCAGCAGAUGAGCAAUACGUUUACCUGCAGGAGAGAGGAUUGCGGCUCAAUAACCUGCCAAGUGAACGGAGUAACCCUCAAUUUCUACAUCAGCUGUUCUCCUGUAGGAAUGAAAUUGCAAACUCUCUCAAACUCACGUGUACAAGAGGAAACUCUUUUCACCCAAUCAGGCUCAUUUGACGAUUACUUGAAUGUAACCGUGCGUAACUACAGCAACAAAUUCCUCGGAUUUGCUCUUUCACUUUUUAUAAACGAGACAGAUUUCUAUUUGGAGAUACCUGUUGCAAACUAUACCGUGAUUCCCCUGGACUUCUGCAGUGAUGAAAAUGGUGAUGAUCAAAAUCUAAAUGUCUCCACCACCAGUGCCCAGGCACCCACUGACUCCACACAGGACUCCUGCUCUUCUGUCUACAGCUACUUCCAGUCACAUCCCAGCUGCUACAUUUAUGAUUACGAUUAUGAUACUCACGAGGAAGGGUGUUCAGCGUUCUACUGCUCAUGGAAUGGCUCCUUUAUCGAUGUUAAUGUGGAGGAAUGUCAAGAUCCAGUCGCAGUUGCAGUCCACUAUGACAGCUAUGGAGAUUAUUCAUAUGAGGACUAUGACUAUUCAGACUAUGUUGAGUUUCAGUAUGUCUACAACCAGAGUGAGACAGUGGACAAUUAUGGCCAAGGAGACACUGGCAGAUACAGUGGGAUACUGGCUAGAAAUGCCAGCCACCUUGGAUUUCAGCUCUAUGUUGACCACUCAGGCCAGGACAGGCAGACCCUAGUGGACCCAGUAUACUUUCCUCUGCUCCCAGGAGAGUGUAUGUGUGACUCCAUGCAGGCAGUGGCAGAGGACAUAGACUUGUUGGUAUCGUCCUCUUGCAACACAACUAACGAUGAAUGUACUGAACUACUGUGUAAUUUGGAAGGGGGUUCUAUAGAGAGAGUGACAAUGAGAAUCUCGCAGUGUGACAAUCCUCCAACACUGACACUGGAGAUGGUGGUCAAUGGUCAGAGCUACCCUACAGAUUUGACUGGCAAUAGAACGAGUGCAUUGGGUGAUCUUGGAGCGACUGUGAUUUACACUGUCUGGUACUACGACUACUCCAUGGACAUACAGAUAAUCCUGGACCUCACCUCCUGUGGUCCACCUCGACCUCUUGACCUCUCAACUGCCCCUCCCCCUACCAUUGAGUUUACUGAGCCCACCAUACCUUCCACCACUGACAGUUCUUACGAUACGUGUGCAGCUCUCCAGUCUAUAUCUAUUGCUGAUGGCACUUUGUGUAACACAAACCAAGCCUGCACAGCCCUGGAGUGUGAGAUCUUAAGUCAAAGACUGGAGAUACAGGUGGACCAGUGCCACAACCCUCCAGGGAUCAUCAUCAUCCUCUAUAAUAAGCAAAACCAGCCAGUUUUCAAUAGGACUUUCAACAAUGGGUCUACCAUUGUCAAUGAUGGCCGUCUGCCGGUGGAUUUGAACGUGACGGUGAAGCAACUUCCUCCGAGUGCUAUAAGUGUGGAGGUAUAUGGGAUCAUUCGUUUGCCAAUUCCUCUCCCGUUUCCUGACCGAAUAACCAUCGUUCCAAAAACUGUCGUCCCCAUCGACAAGUCUUCUUGUUUCACUUUAGCCCCACCCACAACAGCCCCCACAUCAACAUGCUCGUCCAUGCGCUACAUCCAGACAGCACUGUCACUUUUUACGGUGGAUCCCUGCUAUUACCCCGUGGCCAACAACUGCUCCACGCUCACCUGUGCGAUGGGCAACGGAGAAGACAUCACUCUCAGAAUCCUCCGCUGUGCCCAUCCCCCCGCCGUCAGAAUCACUCGCGGGACCGCAUUUUCCACCAACUUUGACCACACGUUUGACCACUCUGAGGUGGUCCCUUUGCCAGGUGUCGAAGACGAAGGAGCUGCGCUGAAUGUGACGCUCGACCAGCUGUGCUCCAAUAACAGCAUUGGUCUUAAGGUUGAUUACAAGUCUAAUUCAAGGAACACACCUUUUAUUCCUUACACUGUUAUACCAAUCAACACCACUGGCUGUGGCCCAGGCUCAGGAGUAACGUGUCUUCCAACAUCACCACCUGACAGCGGCGACCUCUGUAAGGCCAUGAAUGACAUCAGCGACCAGAUCACCAUGGACGAAGACGAGACAGAGUGCUCCGUGUCAAGGGACUGUAAAGAGGUUGACUGACGUGCACCCGAAGCCGGGGUCUCAUUCUCAAUGACUCUGAAGUGCUCUCCAGAUGGAAUAACCCUAACGUUUGUCAAUUCCUCCACAUCCCCGCCUGUGACCGAGUCUGGAUUCUUUAAUAAGUCAGGCACCUUUAUGGACACCUAUCUGGUGACAGUGGACCAGAAGACCAGUAAAGGAUUUGGGUUUGCAGUGACGUUUCAUAUCGAUGUUCCAGGCUUCACUUUUGAUGUACCGUUUGUCAACCAUACCUACAUCCCAACAACUUCUUGUAGCUCUGGCACGACCGCUGCCUCUGGCACGACCGCUGCCUCUGGCACACCCGCUGCCUUAGUUAUUGGACUGAGUGUGGGAGUUCCGUUUGUUGUCCUGCUGACGUUGGUGAUAAUAAUCGUCGUGGUUACGGCGGUCUACCUCGUGCGACGACGUCGUUAUCGUCACUACCAGCUCCACCGAGUGGCUAUGAGUCAGGUCGAUGAGGACGAACCGGCCUAGCAAGAACAACUGUAAAUUGAUCGCACAACCUCAUCUUCAAAAACGAAUAUAGCUAAAACAACUGUUAAUGUGUUGUACUUUCUCUGUUCAACUGUACAUCAGUACGUGAUUCAACUGUACAUCAGUUAUCAUGCAUGUGUAAAAUUCUUUUUUAAUUACAGUUUCUGUAUCCACUUCCAUUAGUGCGAGAGGUAUGUACAAUAUGCC